AUGUGUUUGCUCGUUAGUGUCGUUUUACCUAUUUGGUGUCAUUUAUAUUUUACACGAAUAGUUAUAUCAUUAGAUGACGAAUUAUUACAAGAUCGAAAAGAAACACAAACUGCUUUAUCGAUACAAAAAGAUAUUGCAGCAACUUGUUGUCUACUUUUUAAUCGAGAUUCAUCAAAUAUAUUGAAAAUUUCUCUUGAUCAAUCAUUUGAACGUAUUCGAUCAGGUUCAAGUGGAAUUAUUAUCAGUUUACCGAAACAAAAUCAUCUAACUUAUUUAAUCAAAUUUUCUAAUCAAGAAGAUGCAAUCAAGUUCAAUAAACUUCUUGGAUUUAUUAAAUCUGGUAACGAUAUUGA